AUGAACCCAAUAGGUCCGGACCCUUUAUACAUCGAAUUCUGGCCUUCGCCGGUUUGUGGGCAUUGCACAAAACGCGAGUCUCAGCUCCCGACCAACACAAGGCUCAAACGAUGUAUCGGGUGCUCAAUCACCUUGUAUUGCGGGAAGGACUGCCAGAAGGCUGCGUGGCCCGCUCACAAGCGGCUGUGUCGCCCCUCGGGCCCAGAUCCACUUGGAGAUCAACUCGCGGGUCACCCCGCCCGAAUCAGCCUAUUUCAAAGUGUUAACGAAUGGGUCAAAAACACGCACGACUACGCGUUCAUGACCCUCAUGUGCGCGGCUGUCCAGCUCCGCGGCGGAAUCGACGCCGCCUUCACCUCUCCACAUGUGGUGGUCUUCAAGCUGACGCGGGUCGACGAACCCAAGAACCCCGCCGGCGCAUUCCUGUUGAGUCCGGAGGUGCCGCUAGUCGUAAAGCGAGAAGACCUCGGAAGCCGAGACAACUGGGAGGAACUGGAUGAAGCAUGCCGACGACAAACCGAGCGCUUCCGUGCAGGCCCAAACCCGCACCCGUGCUACGUCGGGUCGCUCCCGGCUAUGAUCUGGGUCCAAGGCACCAAUAUCGCCGCAUACCACCCAUUCCCCAUAUACAGUCUCCGCACCCAGGGCACGGGUCCUCUCAACGACCUCACCAGCAUAAUAUUCGAGCACGUUGUGGCCAUGUGCGUCGGGACGAUGAAUGCCGGCCUUGUCCUGCAUGGUCCCAAGGGCCCGUGCAGACCUCACGAGCUCCUGCCGGACGUCGGCGUCCUCGUCAAGCGGAAGAAGACCUGGGAAUGGAAGAAGGAAGAGGGCUGGGUGUGGAACCGUUCACCUGGUAUUUGCGCUCCGCUGCCAUGGGCAGUAUGUCGUGCCGAGUGGCUCAGAGCGCCUCCACCCCAAGUUCAAGUUGUCGACCCGGGUGCAACGGACGCCAGUGUUGUCAAUGACUCGAACCAGGGCAUCCCUUCGGAAUCGGUAGCCACCCUCGACACUGCGUUGCUUGCCUGGCUGCAGACCCACCACUAUGGACUCAUGGUCCUAGCAACUGCCACUGUGUAUUUAAACGGUGGCUACGCUCUCCACUUCUCCCCCGACGCUCCUCGCGCGAUCACAAUCUCCGUCAAGUCAAUGCCCAAGGCCCUGACCUCCUCGCCUGUCGGCCCAUCAAGCGACAACCCGGGCAAAGGCUUCCAUAUUCUCAGUUCGUCGUCUGUCCCCAAUACCACACUCCUCGAAGAAUAUGGCCCCGGAUUCAACUGGGACGAAGCCCAGUCAGCCUGCGAGGACAUGGAGGGGAAGAUCCAAGAUGUUAUAGGAGAUACCUUCCGCAUCCACGCAUUGCCCGGGAUAUUCCAUAUCAAGAACUCUCCGGUCAUGCGCAUCCGGCCUAUCAUGGCCACUGAGCUGCCCGGCCGUAGCGGUACGCUCGACGCGGAGACGCGUGCCAUGCUCGAAGACGUCAGGACGUUCUGCAUGGGCCUCAUGCUCGCCGGGUUCGUGCUGCACAUGCCCAGCGCGGAACAUGGGGGCAGUCCCUUGCCUAGGGUGGGUUCCCUCGUCCGCCGGAAGAAGAAGCAGUGGGAGUGGGAGCCGGUCCCUGUCUGGGACUGGGGGCGUGCCGCCGCCGCGCUCGUCCCGAGAGAGCUCUGGAAGACCGACCAUCCACCCGAGGAACUGUGGAGGCGCUUCUACUACGGGUGA